GCCUGGAAUUCACAGCUGCCUAAAGCUCUCUUGGAACAUGUAACGGCGUGAUCCUGCCGUCCCAAGUGUUGCCCUACGAAUACGAAGUUAUGCCGAAGAUCUCUUGGAUCUGUGGUCUGCCCCUGCCAUGCCGACGCGUCGAGCCCACCGGAAAUCCAGACAUGGCUGCAAGGCGUGCAAGCAGCGUCGGGUGAAGUGCGACGAAGCAAGACCCGUCUGUACACACUGCCAGCAGCGCGAGGAGCAGUGCGAAUACAGCGCAGAGGCGUCCUAUAUCUGGGCAGUUGAUGAGCCUCCUCGCGGUCGGGCCAGAAGGCGCAAACAGUCCGGAAGUGAGCGUAAACACGCCGACGAAGAUGCUCCGUUCGAGCUUCUGGAUACAUUCGGUCGCCAGACAGACCCGGCGUCUAGUUCUACACUGGACAUGGUCCAGCUGAGGCUGCUGGUGAACUGGCAGCAUGAGACGUGUCAGUUCUUCUCCCGCGACACGGAAACGAGAAUCAUUUGGCAGAUUCAUCUCGUGGACGAGGCGCUGAAAACACCGCCGCUUAUGCAUGGUAUUCUCGCCGUGUCGGCCCUACAUCUCGCGCUGUCGGAACCACCUUCGGAACAGGCGUUUUGGCUGGGUAUAGCUACCGCGCAUAAGAGCGAGGCGCUGCAGUUUCUACGGAAUGGGCUGGGGAAUGUUAAUGCGGAGAAUGCGACCUCGUUGGUGAGAAUAUCUGGACUGGUUGUAGCCUAUGCGUUUGGGUCGGCCUUGACAGAGACAGACGCGGACAAACCCUCGUUGGAUGCGCUGAACAAGGUCUUCGUUUUGUGUCGCGGGAUUCAGCAAAUAAACAAUGCGGCCUCUUCUUUUCUGCGGCAGAGUAACCUUGCGCCGCUCUAUCGCCCGGGGGAUACCUCUUUGGCGGUUCCUGACCUUGUUAAGGCAUCACUGGAUCGGCUUGACAAGUUGAACACGAAAUGUCUGCAUCUUGGGGGCCACGACGCUGCAACGUAUACCCGUGUGAUUGCAGCAAUGCGAGCGCUAUCCGGGCACUGUUUCGUACAGCCCAACUCGAUGACUUUCGUUGUUGGGUGGGCCAUUCGCGCCUCUCCUGAGUACCUGGAGUAUCUUCAGGCGAAAGAGCCGUUUGCUUUGGUGAUACAUGCUCAUUACUGUGCUUUCUUACACUUGGCCAGAGGCAAUUCCUUUCUACAGUACUGGGGCCGAGCUGUGUUGGAGGAUAUAAUUCCGCUGCUGGACGAUUCUUGGAGGCCACAUAUUGAGUGGCCUGUUGCUGAGGUAUUUGGCGUUGACUGGCCGUUAUAAAAAUAUUUGUUUUAUUUCUAGGUUAUGUUUGACAGUCCCUCCCAUCGUAUAAAAUAUAAUAGUUACGAAAUUUGAUACUGCAUCUUGGC